UCCUACUGAAUCUCCAAUAGGUUUGCAUGGCAAAUUCAGGAGUUGCAUGCACAGCAUUUCAAAUUCAAUUUCAACGACCGCAUAUUUCAGUAACAGAAGAAAAUUAAAUCAGGGAAUUAUUGAUAAUAAUUCUGGGGGAACUGAGACUAAUUGUCGGUUUUUAUAGGCCUUUGGGCUACAAUAGAAAAAUCCAAAACAACACGCAAUAUGUCUGUCGCUGGAAAUGAAAUAAUAGACGCACAUAACUUGGCUUCUUGACAAACAGGAUAAUAUCUAUAUUUGAUCAUAAACCAGUUAGUAAAGUACUACAAUGCACCUUGCCCAGGAACCUCCUGUGAAAGGUGUGAACCAAUUCCGACCAAGCAAAGCAAAAAACGGGGCGCGGCACAGUCAGGACUAGAGAAGAUAUGGUUUGGUAACUUAACCCACAGCAUUGUGGGAAUUUGACGUUGCCAGUCCCUUUGUGCCGGUUUUACGCAAGAAUGUAGUUAACAUAUUUUCCCUCAACUGUUGGCCUUACUCUCACAUUGCAGCUUCACGAUGAUGCACUUCCUGCUACUGUUAAGUCGGCAGGGGAAGUUGCGACUGCAAAAGUGGUUCACUCCGGUGACAGAGAGAGAAGAAGGUGACGAGGGAAAUGACUCUGAUGGUGCUGGCUUGCCCUCCCCACUCCUGUAACUUCCUCCUCUGGAGGGACCUCAAGAUUGUUUACAAAAGCCGGACAUCAUCUUUUAACUUUGAGAAGGCAUACUUCAUCCUGGAUGAGUUCCUGGUGGGAGGAGAGAUCCUGGAGACCUCCAAGACAGCUGUGGGCAUUGCUAUGGAGGAGGCAGAGACACUACAAGAGACAAUGGAGGAGUAUAUGAGUAAACCGACCUACUGAACCAAUAACAGGGACGGGAGUCAAAUCUUAAGACGGAAGAAUCCUUUUCUCAAUAAGUGCCACAACAUUUCAAAGAAGAUUUAUUCUUAAGAUACUCUUCCAUUCAGACAGAAUACAUGGUCUGUUUUAUAUAAGCACUUUCUAAUAUUAUUUGUCUUUUUUUUUGGUACUUUUUACUCCUUUUUCUCCCGAAUUGGUAGUUCCAAUCUUGUCCCAUUGCUGCAACUCCUGUACGGACUCGGUCAAGAGCCAUGUGUCCUCUGAAACACGACCCCUCCAAGCUGCACUGCUUCUUGACCCAGCCGCACCAAUGUGUCGGAGGAAACAGUGUACAACUUGCGACUGUCAGCGUGUGUGCUCCCGGCCCGCCACAAGGAGUCACUAGAGUGCGAUAGGACAAGGACAUCCCGGCUGGCCAAACCCUCCCCUAACCCGGAUGACGCUGGGCCAAUUUUGCGCCACCUUAUGGGUCUUCCGGUUGUGGCCGGCUAAGACACAGCUCGGGAUUGAACCCGGGUCUUUAGUGAUUCCUCAAGCACUGCGAUGCAGUACCUGCACCAUUCGGAAGGCCCCUAUAAGCACUUUCUGAAAGAUGCAUUAGGAGUUGUAUCAUUAAGGAGUUCAUUUUAAAACAGAGAUUAACUUUGAGAUUUAUUUUUAAAUGUGUUAUUAGUUCAAAUUAUUUUAUAAUUACAAAUUUGAUAGUAUCACAUAUGUUUUACAGAAAUUGUAGCCUGCUUUGCUUUAUCUGAUUUUUAAGCAAAUAUGUUAUUUUAGCUUAUUUCUGCUGCAUUUUAAAAUGUUUUAAUUCAGUUGUGAGUUGAUCCAAGGAUUGUAACCACAACUUCUUACCACUUCGAAAGUCACAUUUAUUAUUUUAAUUCUAUGUUGACUAACAUAGCCACUGCCUUAUUGUAAUAUUUCUCAGUUGGCAAGCUAGAGCCAGAGGGUUCUAAGAUUGAAGCUAAAGGUUGACACUUUGGAAAGUGAUGCCUACUCAGUGCCGUUAAAGUUGUACUGUCUGAAUAAAUAGUUUUGAUUCCAGAAUAGUCUGUCAUUUUAAAUGUUAGUAUGUUUUUUUCCACCUGUUGAAAAUUGAUUCUCUUGGUUUUAUUCGUGGAAUUGAGACAAGGACUACCCUGUUCGCCCAAGGCUAAGAAAUUAGUCAUCGUUCUGAGUGAUGCCUUACUUGAAAUACAGACUAGAUCCAUGAGAGAGAAUCUAGUACUUACAGGUAUCCAAGGGUAAGAAGAAGUUCCUGAAUCUACAGUUAGUUUGUCCUUACAGCGCUUCAGAUUCCACGCAAAGCUAUCGAUACAGUCCAACUUGAAUGUGUCCACUUCGGACAGAGAGGGCAGAGGUAUGGACAUCCAAUCGUUGCCAAACUUUCUUUAAAGAUGAAAUUAUGGGUAUGCUGGCGUGAAGGACCAGUUCCCGAAGGAAAUUUCAGAACGGCAUAAAGUUCUGUAUCCAAUUUUCAAGGAAAAUAGGUUGAAAGGGAAACGCGUAGCUGUCGUGGAUAAACUGUGUAUUGAUAACCAGUUGUUCAGAGACACAAAGACCACUUUGGCUAUUUUAAAAAUGACAAAGUUCUCAUAGAGGAGGCAAAUAAGGAAAUGCAAUUCUAGCCCAGUUAUGGAUUGUAAUAAUACAAAUGAAAAAUCUAGCUAUAACUAAUUGGAACACAAAAGCAGUAAUUCAACAUGGUGGAGAAAAACACAGUAAACAGAAGGUAAACACAGUAUGUGUGGAUGGAUGGUGUGGUGUGUUUUUUGGUGUUUGAGAAAGUGUGGUGUUGAGUGAGAAAGGGAAUGGCUGCAUAUCCCAGAACCAAUGUAUUUCUGUGAGCAGGGGUUGAGAGAGCUUUUGAUGUUGUUCAGAUGAGGGAUAUACAUUAUAAAAUAAUUAUACAUUUUAUUUAUUGUCCUAUGGUGGUGAAAGUGUUUUAAAAUAAAUUA